UUAGGUUUGCACUAAUUGCCACUCAUUCUGAAGAUCACAGCUCAUCCGUGAAGACGUACUGUCCAACAUAAGAGCCAAAUAUGGAAUUAGACACAUUUAAACCUCGAACACGGAAUCACGGGCAGGAUGAAGGAAAAGAUGAAAAGCACAGAGGAAGUAGAUGUUUGGUGUUGAUGACAGUGUGUCUCGGGCUCAUUUGUGUUCUUCUGCUGGUCAUCAUCAUACUGCAGCACAUCUCCAUCACAGCAGAGAGAGAAUCUCUGUUCAAGAGUUACAAAAACAAUCAGUCCAUCAACAGCUUACAGGACAAUUACACUGAUCUAACACAGAAGAAACUUGAGCUGGAGACCAGAGUCAAAGAUCUCACUGCUGAGAAAAGUCAGUUACAGAGAAGCGCUGACUCUUUGAGUCAGAAGAACCUGGAGUUAGAAAGCAUAGUCACAUCUUUGAGUGAUGACCUGAUAAGAGAAGCAUCUAAACGAGGUUUUUUCAUAUCCCAUGAGUUGAAGAGCUGGUCUGAGAGCAGGCAGUACUGCAGGGAUCGAGGAGCUGAUCUGGCCAUUAUCAACACUGAAGUGAAGCAGAGGUUCAUAUCUUCAAUCAUCAAGGAGAUUGUGUGGAUUGGUUUAUCUGACACUGAGACUGAAGGCAGAAUGAUAUGGGUGGAUAAUUCACCACUGAAUCGAGGGUUUUGGUUCCAAGGUGAACCAAAUAACUAUGGGGGACAAGAGGACUGUGUUGAACUGGACCCUACACAAGACCCCGUGAACAACUGGAAUGACGUGCCAUGCUCUUACAAGAAGAAAGGGAUUUGUGAGAAGAACUAGGUUUUAUCUAGGCUUGUUGUGCUUUUGCUUCUAUUGUUUUAUUGAAACGUUUUUAUUGUGAAUGUAUACCAGCUGAUGUUCAUAUGAAUUUCUUAGAAGGAAAAUUCAAUAUUGUCAUUAUUUUCUCUGCUAUAAUAAACUCACAACAUCCAGUUUCUCACGAUGUGAAUUAGGGUGAUCUGAGACACCAAACCUCUGAUGUGUUCAUCACUUGCUCCAUCGCAAGCAGCUCUAUGUUAAUAUGAUCUUAUUCUGUCUCGUUUGUUAGUCUGAAGUGUUGAAGUGAAAAUCACACUAGAUUGCCCUGAUUCACCCUAUUAUUCUGAUAUUGAGUGUCUGUGAAACUGCCUUUGUGUUGUAUUGCUAUCAUUUUCAAUAAAAUUGUCAAUAACCAUUA